AUGCUAAGAAGAUGGUCUGAAUGUGGUCGCUUUUCCACCACACUGAGUUGGUGCGCGGCCAACCCAGUAGGUCGGCAACAAACGAGACGUGUAAGUGGUGAAACGACCGCUAAGGACGCCAGCGUCGACUCGACAGGCGACGAAGAUAAGGACAAGGAGGCACAAUAUCGUGAGCGGCUAAUCCAGGAAAUUCUAUCGCGUGAUAAGGAAAUAUUUGAGCUGAAACGACAGCACGAGCUCUCUAUGCUUCGGGUGGAGCAGAACCAGAAGCGAGUUCUGAAAGAUCAGGAGGACCGCGGUAUGUAUUACGAGCAGAACUGCAAUGUUCAUACAUUUGACACAGUUUCAGUUGGCCUGUACACACAGCGUAACACACUAUAUCACACGAUGAGCAUUGAACGGCUACGGAACGUUAAGUUGUUCACAACACUCUUAGUUACAGUGCUCACAUGCUUUUAUCUCUACUAUCGCUAUAUGAUUAACAACGACUGGGUGUACGUGGAGAAACCCAUGAAGCUGCUCGGAAGUCGUGCUUGCGCGCUGAGUGAGAUCCGGGAAAAAAUGGGGGAGCAACAAGAGGAAAAAGAGCACCGGGAACGACGAUUUGCUGCAUGA